AUGGCCGAUGGACGCCCCCUGGGCUCGGAGCCGCCCAGCCUGGGCUCGGAGCCGCCCAGCUCUGAGCUCGACGAAGCUGGCGAGGACUCGGCCACCUUCAUGGGCUCGGGUUUGGGCUCGGGCUCGGCUGCUAUCGUGGGCUCGGGCUCUGGCUCUGGCUCUGGCUCUGGCUCUGGCUCUGGCUCUGGCUCGGCCGCCGCAGGAGGAGUUGGUCUGGCCAACGUGGUGGCGUGGGGCCGAGCUUUGGUGGCCUCGCAUGUCUUCCCCGCGGGGAUGGUUGCGGCUGCAGCGACGGCAAUCGAGCCGCACACACUGCCCUUUGCGCUUGCUGCUGGGCUUAGUCUGUGGCUGCCGGGCAUGGCCAUGAUGCGGCCCACAGCCGCUGUGCUGGCGCUGUACGCACUGGCGCUGCUGAUCUCAGCCGCUGCUGGCGCUGUCUCCUCGGGCGUGGCGGCUGCAGCUGGAGUGGCGCUUGCUCCGGCCCUCGCUCGGGCUGCCCCCGCGGCAAGGGCCGAGCAACCGCCGGCAGCGAUGUAUUCUGGCGUCGGGCACGUGGUGUUGGGCGCCGGAGUGCUGGCGGCUGGCGGAACGGUGGCGCCAGCCAUCCUGCCGGCGAUCUAUGUGGUGGGCUGCGGCGUGGCGGCGGGCGUUCGCAUGGGCAUGCUGGCGGCUGGACUGCUCACGCCGCUUGCUGGAAUGGCCACGCUCCACGCUCUGGUGGCGCAUGUAUGGGCGUGGCCGAGCCUGACGUCGUCGACGGCGGCGAUGGUCGGCCACGGCGCGGCGUCUCCGUGGAUUGCCCGCGGUGCUCUGCUUGCCGCCGUCGGUCUGCGGCUGCUUGCGCAGACGCCUCAGGUUCCGCCGAUGCGGCGGGGCGUCCUCCGCUGGCUCCGGCUCGCGGCGCUGGUGGCGCUGGUAGUGCUUGCCGUCGGCCUCGACUCGGUCCUGGGCCUUGCGCUGUUUGUGACCGGCUGCGCCAACCUGGUAUUCCUCCCGGGAACCCAGGCGGCGCGCUGGUUGGCGGCGGUCACCGCUGGUGUCGUCUUUGGCGUCUUUGGCUACCGCUAUGUUUCGGAGCUGGGCGAUGCGCCGUCGGGGACCAUGUUUGUCUUUGGAUUUGGCCUCCUGGCAGUAGGAAGCGCUCUUGCAAGCGUUGCGCUGCGGCUGACAUGCGAAGCCGUUGACGAUGACGCUGAGAGCGGCCGCGGCCGCGGCUCUGGGUCACGGUCUGUGGUGAGCAGCGCAGACUCGUCAUCGCCGCUGUGGGCGCUUGGCGUCCGCGCCGUGGCGCUGACAGUGCUGCUGGCCCUUGCACUUGCACGGCCGUCGUAUGUGAACGCAGCGUAUCUAGCGGCGGCGAUGCUGGUAGCGGCACUACCGCUGGCGACGGUGGCGCGCGGCUGGCGUCUGUUGGAGGCGUACGCGCUUGCGGCUUGCACGGUGCUGUACGCGUUGCGACAGUUUGAGGUUGUCGACUCGCUUGCUGACUACAACUCGGCCUUUGAUCUGCUCUCUUGGGAGCUGCCACUCGUUGCGGUCCUGCUUCUCCUUCAGCCGGUGGUGGGACGGGUGCUUGCGGCACCGCCGCGACCGUUGCAGCUCUCGCUUGUGCAGCGGGCCGCUACUCGGCCGGCGUUGGAUGUGGCGCUGGCGUUUGCGGCGCUGGGACGGUACCAGCUUGGGCUCAUCUCGUGCGGCUACCUGCUCCUCAUGCUAGUCGGCGGCAUCAAAUCGCUACGGCGCCAGGUGCCGAUGCCAGCGCUUGUCUAUGCCUCGGCGGUGAGCCUGGCGCGGAUUCUGCAGCAUGUGUUCAAGAUCGACAUUUGGGACAAGGUCGGGCUGGAGGCCAUCGGCGGAAGCUCCGGCGAGCACUUUGCGCGGCGGCUCGGCGACGUGGUGUGGGACGUGGCUGCAGUCGGCGCGGCGUUUGCCGCGCUACGGCACACGCUGCGUGGAGCAGAGCGCAGGCCGCCGUUCCCGGCAGGCACCUCGGUGGUCCACCGUGGCUGCCUCGGCGCACUCUGUAUUCUGGCGGCACUGCAAGCACCGUCGGUGAGCGGGACGCUGUACCUGGCGGCGGCGCUGGCAGUCUUUGCCUCGCUGGAAGCAUCGACGCGGCCGCGGCUGCUGCGCAAGCUGCUCUGCGGCGGCUCUGCUGCGCACGUGGUUCUGGCAGCCACGUACCAGCUCUGGGCGACCGAGCUCGGCAUCGAGAGCCGAGUCACUUUCGAGUGGCUCGGCCUGCGGGUCUUUGACGGCUCGACCUGGGCACUCUUCUCGCUCGCCACCCCGCUCAGCGUCGCCGCCCUUGCUGCCGCUGCCUAG